ACCGGGCCCGCGCCGGGCUGUUUAGCGGGUGCACCGGGCCCAGAGGUUGCCUGAAGGGCUGCGGGCGAGAUGGCGGCCUUGGGCUGUCUUCGCCUCCCUCGGCGCGCUGUGCUGGCCUGGCGGCACAGCCCUGUGACAUCUGUUCACUCCCAGUUGCUCCAUCAGACACCAGUGGCUGACUAUGCUGACAGCUCUGUCCAAGUCCAGCCAAAGAGCUCAGCUGUUGUUCAGAAAAAGUCCUAUGUCCCCACAAGCAAGGGAGAGUAUAUUGUCACCAAACUCGAUGACCUGAUCAACUGGGCACGAAGGAGCUCCUUGUGGCCCAUGACCUUUGGGCUGGCGUGCUGUGCCGUGGAGAUGAUGCACAUGGCAGCUCCUCGCUACGACAUGGAUCGCUUCGGGGUGGUGUUUCGAGCUAGUCCCCGGCAAGCUGACGUCAUGAUCGUGGCUGGCACCCUGACCAACAAAAUGGCUCCUGCUCUUCGAAAGGUCUAUGACCAGAUGCCGGAGCCUCGUUACGUGGUGUCCAUGGGGAGCUGUGCCAAUGGUGGGGGCUACUACCACUACUCCUACUCGGUGGUGCGGGGCUGCGACCGCAUCGUGCCAGUGGACAUCUACGUGCCAGGUUGCCCACCUACUGCUGAAGCUUUGCUCUAUGGAAUCCUGCAGCUUCAGAAGAAGAUCAAACGGGAGAAGAGGAUUCAGAUCUGGUACAGGAAAUAGCCACUUAUUUAUGCCCUGCCCCUCCCUGCCCAGCCGGGCUCCUGCUUGCUCUCCUACGCACAAUGAGUCGUAUUCUCACGAGCCUUCUAAUAAAAGUCGACCUCAUUAAGA